UGCGGUCGAUGGUUGAAGGGAAGGACCAGUAAUCACAGCAUGUCUGGUCCCAGCAGGAUUCUCAGAUUCAUCUAGCGCAGACCCAGACCUGGUUUCAGUGAGUCUCCGCUGCAGGACUGGGACAGACUGGGGGACAUGGACCUCAGCCGCUGCCAGGACUGGAUGUCAUCUCUACCAGAGCAGCUGUGGGACAUCCCGCUCACAGACCUGGCCAUACCUGGGAGCCACGAUGCCAUGAGUUACUGCCUGGACAUUAACUCCCCCCUGGUCAGGUCUGAGUCAGACUUCUUAAGGAUCAUGGAUGGACUUUUCUACUGCUUAACCAGACCGACCAUUUUCAAAUGGUCGACCACACAGGAUAAAAGCAUCGAGGAGCAGCUUUCGAUGGGGAUUCGUUUCUUUGAUCUCCGCGUUGCACACAAACAAAACGACUCAUCCUGCGACCUCUAUUUCACUCACGUCAUUUACACUCAUCUAACAGUUUUGGAAACACUGCUGUCUGUUGCCAUUUGGCUGAAGUCGCAUCCUAAAGAGAUUGUUAUCCUCGAUUGCAGCCAUUUUGAAGGAAUGGACGACAGAUGUCACGAAUUGUUCAUUUUUUCUCUGAAGAAGCUGUUUGCCUCAAAACUCUGUCCCCGCACGGAAUCUAUCCUUACCCUGCGGAGCCUGUGGGCAUCUGGUUACCAGGUCAUCCUGACCUACGACUCCCAGUGUGCGUUGAGACAUCAGGAGCUCUGGCCUGACAUCCCCUACCACUGGGCCAACCAGCGCACGGCACACGGACUGAUCAGUUACCUGGACAGGAACAAAGAUAGGGGGCGUCCAGAUGGCUUCUUUGUCUCUGGCCUGAACCUGACGGCUGAUAAGGGUUACAUCCUCAGGCAUCCAAAGGAGUCGCUGCGGACGCUGACUUUCAGUAACUGGGAGUGUUUGAAGAACUGGCUGGUGGAGCAGAUCCCUGGCUCGCAGUCCAAGAGCCUGAACAUCAUCGCAGGAGACUUUGUGGGGACACUUCCCCUCUGCUCUCUGGUCAUUGCACUCAACCAAAAACUUUUAUGGAAGGAUUCCAGUUCGAUAAAGAAAAGAAUAUAAGAUGUGAUUUGAUUCCACUACAGCUCACAACCCUAUUGUUCCUUCUCUAUGUCUCUCUCAAUGUAUAUGCAGUUUUGUCAGAGUUUACACUUUGAACUGGAAGGAAUAUAUAUGCUGUUUCUGCAUUUCUUAAUUAAUUGAACGUGUUUUUUAAAAUCCCAACUCAUUCUGCAACGUGCAAUUCAUAUAUAUGUGUUUACAAGAAUGCACAUCAUUCUUUAACUAAAUUAUUCUUUUCAUUUAUUUGAAUACGCUGUACAAUACAUUCUUUUAAUGUCUCUUUGACCCACAUGGAACACUUCAGUACUUCUGUCCCGUACUCUGCUAUCUGCCCGGGAACAGCUUCUUGUAGCGUCCGUAAGCUGCGGUGCUGAUGAGAACCUUGACGACAGCCGAGCCGUCGUCUGCGUUCACCUGCACGUCCUGAACGACUGCCUCUUUGUAAAGCCAGCUGUGGAUGAAGAUGCACAUUUACUUACGGAUGAUUUGUUAUUUUAAACAUUAAAAAGUAAGAGAAGCAGCUCACACCUUAA